AGACGUCACAGUAUUUCUGAAGCUGGUCGCUACGAAGCUUCUCAGGCUGUCAGUGGCGAGAUUACUCCGUUAUUUUCAGGAUGUUUGGCGAAGAAAACGACCUAUUUGAUAAUAUUUUGCUGGCAGAUGAAAGGUUUCGUGGUCAGGGCUUCCAGGAGGGCUAUGAGAUCGGUCACUGCCGAGGCCUGAAGAAUGGCUACAAGCAUGGAACAUCCCAUGGGGCCAAGCUGUCCACUGAGAUUUCCUUCUACUAUGGCUUUGCUUUCACGUGGAAGUGUCUCCUUCAGGACAGUCCAGAUCCAAAGUCCAGGAAGCGCUUGAAAACACUGGAAGCCCUCUUGGCUUUGAUCCAGAACGUAGCACUGGACGACCCACAGUCGGAGAAACUCCAGGAAGACAUGGAGAAGCUGAGGUCCAAGUUCAGGCAGGUGUGUUCGCUGCUCAACGUGCCUGCCGACUUCAAGGACUACGUCCUGACCCCUGAGUCCAAGUCUUUCUGAUCACCAAGAGACGCUCACUGGGACUGAGCUGGCCACAGAACCAGGACACACCUCACGCUGGAGUCAACUCUCCGCUCCUGACCUUCUCUCCCUGAGGACUGACGUGUUCUGUAGAAGAGCCAGGCUUCUGCUGGCUGUGGGCCUUGCAGACCUUCAAGUUGUGUGACAUGACUUUAAUAAAGUCGCUAUAUGUGAGCUGGAUUAAUACUCCAGAAAGAGUCUUGAGAAAAUGCUGUGCUCAAGACUAGUGUUGGGUGGAUGAGGCUUCACGAAACAGUGCCCUAACUUUCAGAGGCCACUAGAUGGCGCUCUUGCUUGACAAAUGGUGAGGUUUCAUUGAAUUAGUUGUUCAUGUCCAAAAAUUUUACACCAGACAGCGCCAUCUGGUGGCCUCUGAAAAUCAGGACACUGUUUCAUGAAACCCAAUUGACCCUUCAAUACUGUGUCAUUAAGCUUCAUUGACCCAUCACUUCUCAAGACACUGAAUUUCAGUCCCUCCAUUUGGAGAUAGUUGGAUUCCGAGCAUGUAUGUAUGCAUGAGCGGGUUUGUUUUCCUCCACCACAACCAGACACCUGUCACCUCUUUUGUGUCCUUCUUCAGGAAAGGAAAAUAAACCCAACUUUUAUUAUGUCUGUCGUGACUAUUGAGCCAUUAUUCACCUCAUCUAAAGCCUUUUGAGGACCCACUUUUCGGUUAAUAUGAUGGCUUUCAACCUCCUCAUCUGACAGGUUCACGGUCAAAUUCCAGUUCACAUUAGAGGAAAGUGGCACCAAGUCAGAUGCACUGGCUGCAUGUGCAGUAGUGUGUGUGCUGUGUGUGAACA